UGUGUAUUCAAGAGGCGCCAGGAUCCACCAUGGCCCCCAAGAGAAAUAACAUUAUACCAAAUGGUCACUUCCACAAGGACUGGCAGCUCUAUGUCCGCACGUGGUUCACUCAGCCUGCCCGCAAGCACAGGCGCCGUGUCAAGAGGCAGGAGAAAGCCCGCCGUAUUGCACCAAGACCUCUUGGCAAGCUGAAGCCUAUUGUCAGAUGCCCCACUUCCAAAUACAACAUUAAGCAACGUCUUGGCAAGGGAUUCACUCUUGAAGAAAUUAAGGCUGCUGGCCUGUGCAAGCGUUAUGCCCAGACCAUCGGCAUUGCGGUUGACCAUCGUCGUGUGAACAAGUCUGUUGGAGCUCUGCAGAGGAAUGUACAGAGGCUCAAGGAGUACAAGAGCAAGUUGAUCCUCUUCCCACGCAAGACCACGAAGCCCAAGAAGACUGAUGCUUCACCUGAGGAGAUGGCAAUGGCACAGCAACUUAAGGGAGUGGUAAUGCCUUAUGUUGAAUCCCAGAAGGGUGAGAAGGCUAUGAAGGUUACCACGAAAGCCAAGAGGUUUGCUGCCUAUGGUGCUCUGCGAAGGGAACGCACCAUGGCACGCAACUGGGGUAUCCGUGCCAAGAAGGCCAAGGAAGCCGCAGAGGAUGCUGCUGUUAUUGGCAAGAAGUAAAAUGUACCACCAUAGUAAACCAAGGAAAAAAAUAA